CAAUGCGACUUACCCGAUUCACCUGUGAUUUCAUCGUGUCGUGAAAAGGCCGUUUGGAAUGAAGAUUAACUUGAAAUGGAGUAACAUGUGGCACUAACCAAUAGAAACCUCGCUUUUCCCGCGUUUGUGGUUGCGUUUUUACCUUCGAAGUAACCUCCUCAGAAUUUCAUGAUGUAUCUGUACUUCAUACAAGGCUGAUUUCAUCGUUCAUAACCUCUACUAGCACGCGUAUAAGAUUCGAAUAUUUCUAAAGCAAAUCAUGACAAGUAGUAUUCAGCUUGCUAAAAGUAAAAUCCCUUUUGUGCCAGGAACAAAGCCUUCAAUCCAGAAUGCCCAGCUUCUCGUUUCGACGGGCGUUCCUUCAUUGGACCAUUUUUCGAAACUGUACUAUAAUUACAGGUGGUGGUCUGCCCGUGGGAACGAUCAUCCUCAUAGAGGAGGAUACCUAUGGCAGCUAUGGUAGAAUUAUUCUCAAAUAUUUCAUGGCGGAGGGUGUUGUUUCCUCUCACCAGCUUCUUGUUGCAUCCCAGGAUCUGAAACCAACACAGCUUGUGGCUGAAUUGCCAGCAGUUGCGGUCGACUCAAUCACCUGUCCACCGCCACAGGAUGAAAAGAUGCAAAUAGCUUGGAGAUACCAAAAUAUGAGGAAAAUCGAUACCUCACCAACUGGAGGACAGCCCUUUGGACACUAUUAUGACCUCACUAAAACUAUCAACAACAAUAUUGUAGAAGCAGCCAGUAUCAAACACUGGGAUGGAAGUGAUGUGAGAUACACGGCAGAAUCCUUUGGAAACAAUGCUUAUGUUGAUCUGCUAAAAACUGUUCAGGAAAGCAUAAAAGAUGGCCAAUUCUCAAUUUCAAGCGAACCAGAAAAAAGAAAUAUUCUUAGGAUAGCAAUUCAUUCCUUGGGUUCAAGACUCUGGUUAAAUGAGAGAGAAGAAACUAUGACCGGUGACCUUUUGAAAUUCUUCUAUUGCCUAAAAUCUCUUCUUAGGAACGCAUAUGCGGUUGCUAUGGUCACAAUUCCAGCUCAUCACUUUGACAACUCCGAUGCAGUGGUAGAGCGGACAGAACACUUGUCAGACAUAGCAUUGAGGCUGGAGUCUUUUGCUGGAUCAGCUAAAGAGGCGAAUCCUAUAUUCAGCGAUUAUCACGGCCUAUUACACAUCCGGAAGUUGGGAGCGCUGAAUUCCUUGGCACCCCAUUACCCAGAAUCCGUGGAUCUUGCUUUUAAGCUUCGUCGGAAAAAAUUCGUUGUUGAGGUGCUACAUCUACCUCCGGAAUUGCCAGGUACUGCUCAAAGGGAACAAGACGAAAUUGUGCCAUUAGCUAGGGACUGUAGCAGUGGGGCAAGAAAAAGUCGAUUGGACUUUUGAGGUGUUACCUUGGGUGGCGAAAGUUGAAAGUUUCUAACAUUGAGAAAAAAUUUUCACUUUUUGUAUAUACUGAUAAUUUAUCAAAAUAAUUUUGUAAUUUCUUCGGAGACGCUCUCGAGCUAAAAACAAGAUGAAUAAUAAACUAUGAUUAUUAAACUAA